AUGCGGUCGGUGGUGCUAUCUAGUUUAUUAUUUUUCAUCCUUUGUGUGUUUUUAUACAUCACUACGAAUAGAGUUGUACCGGAGCUGCGAAGGCCGUUUAAUUCGCUUUCGCGUGCCCGCCUGGAUCAUCUGGUUCGGCAAUCCUCCUCCUGUGAUUUGACAAUGAGUGAAUUGGAUCAAUUCAGGCAAGAAAGCGAACAGCUGAAAAACAUGAUAAGGGAGGCUCGGAAAGCCGCCGCUGACACAACACUGAAUCAAGCUGCGCUAAACGUGGAACCAGUCGGGCGGAUUCAAAUGCGUACACGUCGCACACUGCGGGGGCAUUUGGCCAAAAUUUACGCGAUGCACUGGAGUACGGAUUCCCGAAAUCUGGUAUCCGCCUCACAGGAUGGAAAACUCAUUGUCUGGGAUGGUUACACAACUAACAAAGUCCAUGCCAUUCCAUUACGAAGCAGCUGGGUCAUGACUUGCGCCUACGCACCUUCAGGAAAUUAUGUCGCCUGUGGUGGGCUAGACAAUAUAUGUUCAAUUUACAAUCUGAAAACUCGCGAGGGCAAUGUACGUGUCAGCCGUGAGUUGCCUGGUCACACAGGCUACUUGUCCUGUUGUCGGUUUAUCGAUGAUAGCCAAAUAGUCACCAGCUCCGGUGAUGUAACCUGCGGUCUGUGGGACAUCGAAACCGGUCAACAAAUCGCCAAUUUCACUGGUCAUACCGGCGACGUCAUGAGUCUUAGUCUGGCUCCCGACAAUCGUACAUUUGUCUCGGGUGCUUGUGAUGCGUCGGCGAAACUCUGGGAUAUUCGAGACGGACAAUGCAAGCAAACGUUUCCGGGGCAUGAAUCCGAUAUCAAUGCCAUCAUUUUCUUUCCCAGCGGAAUGGCAUUUGCCACUGGCAGUGAUGAUGCCACGUGUCGCCUGUUCGAUAUUCGUGCCGAUCAAGAAAUUGGAAUGUUCAGUCAUGAUAAUAUCAUUUGUGGUAUAACGAGUGUGGCGUUCAGCAAGAGCGGGCGCCUUUUGUUGGGCGGUUACGAUGACUUCAACUGCAACAUUUGGGACACACUCAAACAAGAACGAGCCGGUAUUCUGGCCGGUCAUGACAAUCGCGUUAGUUGUCUCGGUGUUUCAGAAGACGGAAUGGCAGUUUGCACUGGCUCUUGGGAUAGCUUCUUGCGAAUCUGGAACUGAGUGGUUCUUAGGGCAACAAGACAGCGCUACUGCGCAAUCAACCCGCUUGUUUUUAUCACGAUCUUGUUGACUUAGCGACAAAAGCGCUGAUCUAUUUGUUCUUUGUGAUAUCCUCCGCACCUUACUUACGGUGCACGUAUUGUGCGGACACUCGCUUGCUCCCCCGGGCCACCACCAUCUCAUCUACUCCAACAGCACAGUAUCGAUGAUUGCGACACACAAUAUCCAACGCUCUUCAGCGAUUACUUCAAUUCACACCUAACCAAUGGUGUGGUGCUCUUUGAUUGUAAAAUGCUAUUCUCGUCAGCGUCUCCCUAUCUCCAUUUGCGCUUCUUCCUUGUGUGUUCAUGUCACGGACUACGAUCAGGUUAAUCCAUCCUUGGGCGUCCACCGCUAAUUAUUUUCUAUUCACCUUUUCCGUGAUCUAUUCAGUUUUCUCCCCUACUUUACCGUCAACAAACUGAUUUUUUUCCUUUCCUUCCUGUGCUUAUUGGAUUACUUAAGAUUCCACCCUCGACGUCCACGGCUAAUAUCUUGUCUCACAACCCAUCUUUUGUGUGUGUGUGCGUCGGUACAUGCAUUCUAUCUUGGCAUGCCUGUACCACCACACUUAUGGAACUGCCUUUUCUCACCGACACUGUUCCCAGUCGGUUCGCAUUUAAACACCCACCUUGCCGUGUUUCCUUCUCGACCUUCUAUCCUCCGUUCCCUACCGUCUCUUUGAAGCGGUGAUCUUGUUUAAUCAUGUGGCUCUUUGGUCCGGUUGAUUUUGAUUUUUAUGCACCUACUACUGACUCGCAGUGAAUGACAAUGCUGCGUACACAAUUUCACGACGUUUCUCCCCCGCUUUAUGAUUCUGUUAUUUCACGCUGCAUGACUCCUCCGAGCAUUUCGUCAACGUCGUGUUAAUUUAUUUGUUUCUCAACGCUUGCACACAUGACGACCUCCCGCAAAUCCUCGCACAAGCUUGAGCUUACUUCUCUUCUACCUGGCUUACUAUACUGGGUCUACAGUUGACUGUUUAAUGACACCCCUCCCUUUCGGAUACACGGAGGCAAACCACUGGAGUACGUGGUGGAAGGGCGCACCACUAGGUCUCUUUCCAUUCGCUAAUUUCUUUUGUCGCGUGUCUCCAUGCAAUACACCCCACCCUUUGAGAUUUCAGUUCACUGUUAUCGUGGUUCGGUGAGAGUAAAGAGCACUGUUUGUAAAACAAAUGUCGAAUCUCAAAAGCUUGGCACUCACAACUUUCUAGUCCCCCCUCCCGCCCCGAUCUCACUGACUCUGUUCAUGUAUUCGGUACGAGUUGCCCCUCCUCUACCCAUCAUAUUCCACAUUUUCUCUCUUGUUCGUAUCAUCGUCAUUAGUAGUACACUUGUUCGUUGC